AUGACCGACUCCGCCCUCCUGGCCGUGACCCUCCAGGACACUGUCCUGCAGAAGAUGAGCAGCCACGAGCGGUUCAAGGACCUGACGUCCCGCAUGCUCAACGGUGAAACGGACAAACCCGCCAAGCUGUGUGCAGCCGAGGGGGGGCCCGCCCUCCUCCUGAAGGGCUCGGAACCCCCUCCCCCGCCCCCCCACGCUGCCAGCCCCCCCCAGCGGAAGGGCAGCUCCCCCGAGCUCAAGCUGCAGAUCACCAAGCUGGUGUCCCAUGGGAGGCCGCACUUCGAGCCCCCGCGAUUCCCCUCCGAGGACGGGGUCGAGCUGGCUAGGACCCUUGGCAAUGUCCGGGAGCAGGGGAAGAAGAGGAAGAGGCCUUUGAAGGCCACGCCAAAACCCAAACCCAAACCCAAGCCCAAGCCCCGGCCCCUCAAUGGUCCCGUGGCCUCUCCGGUGAUCGCAGCGAUCAAGGAUGGAAGCACCGAGGUGCUGGAUAAGGUGGAGCCUGUGGCAGUGAAGGAGGAGGAGCCAGAGGUGCGUUUCUCUGUGGGGGACGUGGUCUGGGCCAAGGUGAAUGGAUACCCCUGGUGGCCCUGCAUGGUGACGACUGACCCAGUGCACAACAAACACGUCAAAAAGAAAGCAGUGAUCUCCAGGACCAUACUGAUGUAUCACGUGCAGUAUUUUAGCGACAUGCCAGAGCGCGGCUACGUGUCUGAGAAGAUUAUGGUGCCCUUCGAGGGCGAAGAGCAGUACCAAGAACUGUGCCAGAGGCAAACAGUCUCCUGCCCCAACCGCAAGAAGGAUUUGAGCUCCAUUGCCCUGCGUGGCCAGUGGAACACGGGCAUCUCCCAGGCAACGCGGGCCAUCGGCAUGGCGCUGGAGGAGCGCAUGGCCAAGUUCACCUUCACCUACACCGACGACGAGCCACAGCUGAACCCGCACGUGCAGGAGGGCCUGGAGCCUGAGGAGAGUGCCCCUCCGGCUGACCCCUGCCUGCCCCUUCCACACUGCAGCACUUCUCAGGCUAAAAAGACUGCUCUGAAAAAGACCCCAAACGGCACAAAAUCAGCGGAGAGGACCAAGCCACCCCUCCCUGCGAAGGGCAAGCCCAGGGCUGCUAAAGCCAGCAAGGACAAGCAGCCGCAGCGGCCCACACUGCUGCCCUCACAGGUCCCCAUUCCUGCCUUCCUGGGGGAGGGCCCACAGAAGUCCUGUCCCCUGUCUGACGGUGGGCUUCUGAAGAAGACCACCCAGCUGGUGGUCUGUCUCACUGGCCUUCCUCUUUCAACCACCUCACCCGAGAAACCACUCCGGCCUAAACCCCACCCCGCUAAGGAAAGGACAAAGGCGAAGACAAAGUCUGACUUGAAAGGACAGAAAAAGGUGGAGGUACAGAAGAGACCCCAUAAAAGGCUGCUGAGUGCUCUAGAGGAGGAACCGGAUGAGAGUCCAAAAAAAAGGAUCAAGUCUGACUCCACUCCUGCAGUGAAACGAAAGCUGAGAGCAAAGCCUGCUGUGGAAAGGAAGAAGAAAGCGUCCGUGGCGUCUCAAACAACCACCUCUGGGUCAAAGACACUGAAGAAGAAGAGGCAGUGGCGUUUGCUGUCUCCUCCUCCUCUUCCUCUUCCUCCUCCUCCUCCUCCUCCUCCAGCACCCAGGAAACCGCAAGCCCCGCCCUGCCCGGAGCCUGAGGUGUGCGAGCAGCGGGCAGAGUCUCCCCGGAGCGACAGCACUGAUGAAACGCACCCUGCCAAGAAGGGCGAACGCAACGGCGCCGGAAAGAAGGAGAACGUCUGUCCCGUGUGUGAGGAAGCUGGUGAAGACUUGCUCCCAUGUGAGGGUCAGUGUUGCGGAACCUUCCACUUGCAGUGUCUGGGCCUCCCCUGCAGGCCCCCGGGCAAGCUGCUCUGCCCGGAGUGCAGCUCAGGGCUCCACGCGUGUUUCUCCUGUAAGCAGGCCCAGGGUGAGGUGAGGCGCUGCAUGGUGCAGCAGUGCGGGAGGUUUUACCACGAGGCCUGCGCCCGUCUCAGCGCCCUGGCUGUGUUCGAGGCCAAAGGCUUUCGCUGCCCGCUGCACACCUGCCUGUCCUGCCACUACAGCCUGCGCUCGCGCCCAAAGGCCAGCAAAGGUAAGAUGAUGCGGUGUGUGAAGUGUCCGGUGGCCUAUCACAGUGGAGAACAGUGUGUUGCCGCGGGCAGCGAGAUGCUCACCUCCGGCAACAUCAUCUGCACAAACCACUUCACCGCCAAGAAGGGCUACAGUCAUCACUCCCACGUCAACGUCAGCUGGUGCUUCGUCUGCUCCAAAGGUGGCAGUCUGCUGUGCUGCGAGUCCUGUCCUGCUGCCUUCCACCCGGACUGCCUCAACAUCGCCAUGCCUGACGGCAGCUGGUACUGCAACGACUGCAAGGCCGGCAAGAAGCCCAAGUACAGGGACAUUAUCUGGGUCAAGCUGGGCAACUACAGGUGGUGGCCGGCGGAGGUCCGACACCCCCGCACCGUCCCCUCCAACAUCCAGCACCUGCGGCACGAGAUCGGGGAGUUCCCCGUCUUCUUCUUCGGCUCCAAGGACUACUUCUGGACCCACCAAGGCCGCGUCUUCCCCUACAUGGAGGGCGAUCGGGGCAGCAAGUACCAGAAGACCGGCAUCGGCAAGGUGUUUAAGAACGCUCUGCUGGAGGCGGAGUCUCGUUUCAAGGAGAUCAAGCAGGAGCGCGAGGCCAAGGAGGCGCAGGAGAACGCCCGCAAACCGCCCCCCUACAAACACGUUAAGGUGAACAAGCCUUGCGGCAGGGUGCAGAUCUACACGGCGGACAUCUCGGAGAUCCCCAAGUGCAACUGCAGGCCCGGGGACGAGAAGCCUUGCGGGUUCGAGUCCGAGUGCCUGAACCGCAUGCUGAUGUACGAGUGCCACCCGCAGGUGUGUCCUGCCGGGGACCGCUGCCACAACCAGGGCUUCACCAAGCGCCAGUACCCCGACACCAAGACCAUCAAGACCGCCGGCAAGGGCUGGGGCCUGCUGGCCCUCAGGGACAUCAAGAAGGGCGAGUUUGUUAACGAGUACGUGGGGGAGCUGAUUGAUGAAGUGGAAUGCCGUGCCAGGAUCAAGUAUGCCCAGGAGAAUGACAUCACGCACUUCUACAUGCUGACUAUUGAUAAGGACCGCAUCAUCGACGCGGGCCCCAAAGGCAACUACUCGCGCUUCAUGAACCACAGCUGCCAGCCCAACUGUGAGACGCAGAAGUGGACCGUGAACGGAGACACGCGCGUCGGGCUGUUUGCCGUCUGCGAUAUCCCUGCAGGCACAGAGCUCACCUUUAACUACAACCUGGAUUGCCUGGGCAACGAGAAGACUGUGUGCCGCUGUGGAGCUCCCAACUGUAGCGGUUUCCUAGGAGACCGUCCCAAGAACUCCAGCCAGGCAUCGGAGGUGAAGGGGAAGAAGCUGAAGAAGAAGCAGAAGAAGCGCCGGCCGCGGAGCGAGGGCAAGCGCUCGGAGGACGAGUGUUUCCGCUGCGGAGACGGCGGGGAGCUGGUGCUCUGCGACAGGAAGAGCUGCACCAAGGCCUACCACCUGUCCUGCCUGGACCGCACCAAGAGGCCUUUCGGCCGAUGGGACUGCCCCUGGCAUCACUGUGACGUCUGCGGGAAGAACUCUGAGGUCUUCUGUCAGCUGUGCCCCAACUCCUUCUGCAAGGCCCACCAGGAGGGGGCGCUGCGCAUGUGGGCUCCCACGGGACAGCUGUGCUGCCAGGAGCACGAGGACAUGGAGCUUCGUCCCAUUUUGGACCGCAGGGAGGCUGAGGUGGCCCUCCUGGAUGGGCCCCGGGGUCCCAAGAGCCUAAAACGAUCUUAGAGGGCCAGAGACUGACCAACCCCAGCGUCCUGUGCACACUUCCCCCCCUGUACAGAAUAGAAAUCAUGCACCCACAAUUACUUAGUACUGUACAGGUAACUUCAUUAUCAGGGAAGCCCAGUUGCCUUUGGAUAUUUUCGACUGAGCCUUUAAAGGUCUUGCUUUUCUCAUUGUAAUAUUUUUUUUUUUAAGCUUCUACACUGAUGUGCUGUUCAGCGCAUAAAUCAAAAUACACAACGGAGAAACCACCUCAUACUUUACACAGCAUUACAGCCAGACUUGAAUUUAUUUCCACUUUUGUUCUGAGAGAUGAUUUUUUUUUAAAGAGUAGAGGUAUAUAUUGAAGACCAAAACUAUGAGACUGGAAUAUUGUUAUAGAGUGAGUUUGGCAACCCGUACAUGUUUUUAGAAGUAAUAUCGUAAACACAAGGAAAGACACUAUUAGUAGCUGUUAAUGGCUUGUCUUCAUGUUAUAGGCAUAGGUUGAAGUUAAUAGCUCAGUGAAUUUAUUUUGCCUCGUUUUGUAGCUCAUUUUGAAUUGGCAGAAUAUGGUAUGACGAUUCCCACAGGGGUUUUGAUUCUACCAUUUUCAGACGAGAACAUUAAGGAAAGAGGUCAAACUGUGUUUGCAGUUGAAGGUGGGCUUGCUUGGAGUUGGGUAGAUAUUGCAGCAGUGAGCUGGAGAGUUUUGUUUUUGAGUCUUUGUGUUCAAAACACUGCAAACAGAUUUUUUUAUAAAACACUGUCAGCUGUCUAAUAACGCUAGAUGCUGACUGAUAACGCAAGAUGCCGUUAAGCCAGUCCGCUCUGUCUGUCUGUCUCUCGUGCACUUGGGCCAGGUACUCCGUAUUCGUGUUCCCCUUUACACUGUACAAUUAGCUGUACAUUUUAAAAUGUAGUGAUUUUGCAUUGAAAAGUAUAUAUCAUUUUUCUUAAUAAAGGGACAAUGUACCAACAGUGCACAGCAGCAGGACGAGCGGGGGUGCUGGAGGCCUCCGACGUGGUGGUGCUACAUCUUCCUGCGUGGGAAACGCACUUGACACAGAGCUGAUCUCAACUUCAGCAGUGGACUUUUAGCCUUAAGUCAUGAAACAUUUUCAUGGUGAAACAUACUUUACACUUUAUGAUUUUUGCCUUAGUUGAUCCAGGACCAGAACAGGUUGUCGUGGUUUUUUAAAAGUGUUAUUUUUAUUUUAUUUUUGAAAUGGGAAUCCGCUCCCAUUAAGGUAAAUAACACAGGCUGUGGCAUGUAAAGGGUUUGAGCGUGCAGGUUUAAUAUGAAUCUUCUUUAGUUUUUAUUCCAUGCCAGGCCUGAGACAUCGCGAAUGGCCUUUGCAACAACCGGAAAUGUCUUCUGUACCACUGCAUUUUUUUUUUCUUUUCUUUUUUUAAUCCCCUUAAAGUCAUUUUUACUGAGGAUAUUUGGUUACCAGUCAAGUGUGUAGUCCAGUCAGCUUAAACCAGGAGACAAAUGGUACAUAUUAACCAAUAGCAAUAGUAAUGAUAGUAUUUAUUAAAGAUCUGUGAGAUGGUGACAGUGUGUGCUCAGAAGUUGAGUGUUAAAAUCUUUAAACCAAAAUAAAACCAGUCGGAUAAAA